UGAAUCCAUAGCAAUCUGGAAUGUAUUUUUAACCCCUCUCCUUUUUUUUCCGGCACUCCUCAGGGUCUUCUGGGCCGUUUUCACUCUUUUCCCACAUAUGGUAGACAACCAACGGAGUCGGUUCUACUAAACGCCCUCCCCGGCUCUCCAAAUAUCUCCAGACAAGAACAAUAUUUUCGCCCACUAUGGCUCGGCUAGGACGCGUUGGCUUUCUAGCCCUGGCAAUUAUCUUCCAUGCAAUAUACACCUACUCAAUAUUCGACAUCUACUUCGUCAGCCCCAUCGUCAGUGGCAUGCGCGAAUUCGGCGUCCAACGAGCUUCCUCCGCAAAAGCCCCCGCAAAACGACUUUUUCUCUUCGUCGGAGACGGUCUACGUGCUGAUAAGGCUUUCCAGUCCUUUCCGGACCCGUCGCCCGGAGGCGUGCUGGACCCCGAUUAUCCCAAUCUGGAGCAAAAAAAAGGCACUGCGUCGUCUGUGAAUAGCCCGCCUCGACCGCUUGCGCCGUUUAUUCGCUCCCGCGUCCUUUACCAUGGAACCUUUGGUGUGUCGCAUACGCGGGUGCCCACGGAGUCCAGGCCGGGCCAUGUCGCCCUCAUUGCUGGCUUGUAUGAGGAUGUCUCGUCGGUGACGACGGGGUGGAAGCUUAAUCCUGUCAAUUUUGACAGCGUGUUCAAUCGCAGUAGGCAUACCUGGAGUUGGGGGAGUCCGGAUAUAUUGCCUAUGUUCAAGGAUGGUGCGACGCCGGGGAAAAUCGAUGCGGAGUCGUAUGGCGAGGAGGCAGAGUAUUUUAGCAAGGACGGGUCGCAGUUGGAUAUUUGGGUGUUUGAGAAGGUGAAGGCAAUGUUCGCCGCGGCAAAGGAAGAUCCAGAGCUUGAUACGCGAUUGAGACAAGAUAAGAUUGUCUUCUUUUUGCAUUUACUUGGUUUGGAUACGGCUGGGCAUUUUUAUCGGCCAUAUUCGAAGGAGUAUCUGCAUAAUAUCAAGGUUGUCGACCAAGGAGUGAAAGAGAUUACAGAAUUGGCUGAGGAGUUUUACGGCGAUAAUGAGUCAGCCUUUGUUUUUACGGCUGAUCAUGGCAUGAGUGAUUGGGGGAGCCAUGGUGAUGGACACCCGGACAAUACCCGUACUCCCUUGGUGGUUUGGGGUUCCGGAGUCGCUAAACCGAAAAUUCAAAGAAGGGGAAAGGCUCCAGGCCAUGAGGAUGGAUUCUCUUCCGACUGGGGCUUAGACAGCGUUCAGAGACAUGAUGUUGCCCAGGCCGACGUAGCUGCUCUCAUGGCGUACUUGGUUGGAUUGGAUUUCCCCGUGAAUUCGGUUGGGGAGCUCCCCCUUUCGUACCUUGAUGCGUCACCCAAAGAAAAAGCCCUGGCUGCUCUCGCGAACACCCAGGGGGUUCUAGAGAUGUACCGAGUUAAAGAGGAGAAUAAAAGAGCUUCAGUUUUGCGUUACCAACCAUAUCAAGCUUUCGGAGAUAAUGAGCGUUCCAUCGAGAACCGCAUCUCCGAAAUUCAACGGUUAAUUUCGAGGAAGAAAUACGACGAGGCGAUUAGGAAAUCUUCCGAUCUGUUACAUACCGCUCUGGACGGCCUGCGAUAUCUACAGACCUAUGACUGGCUAUUCCUCCGAACUAUAGUUACUGCAGGCUAUCUCGGAUGGAUUGCAUAUGCGCUGACAACCGUGAUAGAUCUCCACGUCCUGCAUGAAACUUCCGUCCUAAGUCGUACGACAUUCAGUACGAUGUUCUUUUCUUCCAUACUAGUCAUAUUGUAUUCUAUAUUCUGGAUUCAAAAGUCGUCGUGGAGAUAUUACGCAUAUGGCAUUUUCCCCAUCUUCUUCUGGGAGGAAGUUGUAGCAAAACGGCAGGCGCUAGCAGCCGGACGAAAGAUUUUUCUCAGCCAUGUUCAGUCACUGGGUGGCUACAUAACUUUUUGGUUACAGACAUUGAUAUAUGUUGGGGUAUUGGAGGCACUUGUUCAAUCAUAUUUUCAUCGUGAAAUUUACACUUUUUGUUUCAUCCUCGCGGCGAUAUGGCCUCUAUCCUACGGCAUUAGUUUCCUGUCGCGCAAUAAACUCGUCGUAGCUACGUGGAGUAUCGGAUGCGGUUUUAUGAGCAUUUUCACGCUUCUACCCGCUAACAAGGUGGAAGAUGUAACAAACAUAACGAUAGGGGCAACUCUCAUGGUCCUUACUGGGCUCCUCUAUCUCAUAUUCGAGGAAUCGAUAACGCCGAUUUCUAAAACCCUAUCAAUUGCCGUCAGUAGGGGUUCCAGGCGAAUUAUGGGCAUGCAGAUCGGCAUGGUUCUGCUGGCUAUAAUAGUAACCAGAUCUACCGCCGCAUCACUACAGGCAAAAGAAGGUUUGCCGUUCGGAAAUCAAGUUGUUGCAUGGUCUGUUCUAGUGGCAUCUCUUACAUUUCCAUUCUUCCACCGGCUAUAUCCAAAUAGCCACUACCUCCAUCGUCUUGUAGUGAUCUUCCUCACCUUCUCUCCAACGUUCAUCAUUCUCACCAUUUCGUACGAGGGGCUCUUUUACUUCGUCUUUUGCAUUACCCUUCUCAGUUGGGUUCAACUUGAACACCGCAUAUUCAUCCACACCUCAUCCCAGCCACCAACCGCCAUCGUUCCAUUAAAUGAUGUCACCCAAAUCAAAACGAAACAAAGCCCUCUACAACCCAACAGCGAAAACCACAUAUCAAAACCCCGUUAUCGCAUCCUAACAACCAGAGAUGCCCGUGUUGCGUUAUUCUUCUUCUUCCUUCUCCAAUCCGCCUUCUUCUCCACGGGCAACAUCGCUUCAAUCUCUUCCUUCUCCCUCGAAAGCGUUACCAGAUUAGUCCCCAUCUUCAACCCCUUCCUCCAAGGCGCGCUGCUAAUCCUAAAAAUCCUGAUCCCAUUUGCCAUCAUCAGUGCGAACCUGGGUAUCCUCAACCGGCGCCUAGGUGUCGCUCCUUCCGCUCUAUUCAUGAUCGUUAUGUCCAUCAGUGACAUAAUGACGCUUAAUUUCUUCUACAUGGUGCGCGACGAGGGGAGCUGGCUUGACAUUGGCACGACAAUUAGUCACUUCUGCAUCGCGAGCGGGCUAUGCACGUUCGUUGCUGGGCUAGAGUUCCUUAGUGAGACCCUCAUUGCUGGUGUAAAGUUUGAGGAUGAUGGUGUUAGUAAGGAUGCUAUUGCAGCUGGUGGUGAAAGCGAUCAUAGUAAAUCCGGCCCCGCCAAAACGGACGAGACGCAGAGGAAAACAAUGACGGGGAAGGAAGGAAAAGCUCCUGCGGAGUUCAACGGCACAAAGAUUCUAUCGCCACUCAUACGCUAG